AUGGAGCGUACCAAAUCCGAUGCGAGUGACUACGACGAGUUUGUGGAGCAAGACCCCACCGGGAGGUACUACCGUUACGACGACGUUUUGGGGAAGGGGGCUUUCAAGACUGUCUACAAGGCCUUUGAUGAGGACGAAGGUAUCGAAGUGGCCUGGAGCAAAGUCAAGCCUGCCGACGAUGCUGAGCUUCACCGUUUGUUUUCCGAGAUUGAUCUGCUCAAGUCUUUAAAACAUGAUAACAUCAUCAAGAUUUUCAGCUGGUGGGUCUCGGAGGAUGAUGGUAAAGGGAAGAAGAAGAAAACUGUGAAUAUGAUCACGGAGUUGUUCACUUCCGGGAGCUUGAAGCAGUAUCGAAAGAAGCACACCAAUGUCGAAGUCAAGGCCAUCAAGAAAUGGGCCAGGCAGAUUCUCAAGGGCUUAAGCUAUCUGCAUUCUCAUGACCCUCCCAUUGUUCAUAGGGAUUUGAAGUGUGACAAUGUGUUUAUCAAUGGCUUCAAUGGGGAGGUCAAGAUUGGGGAUUUUGGGUUUGCGUUGGUGAUGCAUGGGCAGGGUAGUACUGAGCAUGAAGUGAUUGGCACGCCGGAGUUUAUAGCGCCGGAGAUGUAUGAAGAGAAUUAUAAUGAGCUGGUGGAUAUCUAUUCUUUCGGAUCUCAAGUCAAGCAGUUCAUUGAGAAGUGUCUAGUUCCUGCAUCAAGGAGAUUGUCUGCAAUAGAGCUCUUGGAUGAUCCAUUCCUUGCAGCUGAUGAUUCAAAGGUGCCUAGAUCUUUUCCCAUGGACAUUGAUACCGCAAGUGACAGAGUGAGCUCCAAAUCAUCUAGCUCUUCAAUCCUGGAGUGUCAUAGGUUCACAAAGAAUAAUGCAUUGACAUUAAGAGCAAAGAGGAAUUCUGAUAGUAGUAAAGCUAUUGCGUUGACAUUGAGUGUUGCUGGUAGCCGUGGGAAGAAGAAAACUAUUGAGUUUGAUUUCUAUCCGAAUUCAGAUACUGCUGUUUCGAUUGCUGGUGAGAUGGUUGAUCAGGAGCUUGGUCUUUCAACUGAAGAUGUGUCUGCCGUGGCUGAGUUGAUUGAUAGAUUGGUUAUGAAGAUUGUGCCCAUGUGGAGACCCACUUCUUCAGUUGGAGCAUAUAGCUCAUGUACCACUACUAGCUCGUAUUCAACAAAGAACUCUGUUGUCUCGAGCAUGGAAAUAUGGAAGAGCUUCAGCACGUCAAGCAAUUGUUCCUUGCAGUCAGCUGAGUUAUCUUUACUGGACAAACAUCACUAUGAUAAUCUAAAAGCGGAGAUCGAUUCUAUUGAUGCACAGUUUCAACAACGUUUUGUUGAGCUGGUGGAGAAGAAGGAAGAAGCCAUCCAAAGUGCAAAGAAGAAUUGGAGCAUUUCACAUGAAAAAAAGUCAUUUAACUUAUCGAAAAUUUGGAGCUUACUCACAGAGAAAGAGAUUUCAGGAAAAUGA